GUAGUUUUUCUGCGCAAUAAUAUAUCCGACGCCAAUUUAGCCGUUCAUCUUGUGGCUUUUCUGUGUACGACUAUCGCUGUGGCUGCAAAGCUUGUUUUAGAUAUUCUCUGGGCUUGACAAGCGUUUGUCUCGUCCUUCAUCGUCUCAAUAAGUGUGUCUUUAUAUAUUCAUUCCUUGCGUGAGCACUGAACAGAAUAAUAUGUAAUUAUGAUGACGCCGGCAAUAAUUUCUUUGACGCGGCUGGAAAUGCCGGAAGGCAAAGAUCCAUUGUUUGCUAGCAAGCAUGAAGGGUUCAAAAACCUAUCUCUGACAGAUUUUAAAGUCAACGUGGUUGACCAUGCAAGCGCAGUUUUUGAGGAGACUUUGCAUUUCAACAAAGCAAUCUUGAUGACGACAUGGCCAUUGUUGUUCAAAGAUGUCUUGGAGAUUGAAAAGCAUUGUGUUCCUUUGUCAGCAGCUCAUACCACAUGGAGACCAGUGUUGAACCUCCAAGGAAUUUGCUCUAAAUCAGCCUUAAGGAUGAUCCUUGAGUUUGUCCAUCUCUCAAAGAUUGAUUCACCACUUGGCAUGGAUUGCUUUAUCGAAGUAUUCCAACUUGCCACUCAAUACCCUGUAGAUUCACUCAUCAGUUACUGCCUGGAGGUUUUGAACAUCAAUCUGAGUGAGAAUACUGUUUGGCUUUUCCUUAACUCCAUGCUUACAAAGACUGAGAUGGAAAACUCCGUUGUGGCGAGAAAAUGUGCUAAAGUGUUGUGUGAGAACACACUGAGGUGCUUGGAGCAUCCCUUGGCAAUGAAAGCAAGUGAGAAGAGCAUCAUUUUCAUGCUUCAGCAAGAAGAAUUGAGUGUUUCCUCGGAGAAGCAACUCAUCGACUUUUGCGCCAAAUGGGCCAAACAGUUCCCAAGCAGCAGGAAAGUCAUGCGAGGGCUCCUUCCUCACCUGCGAGUCUUGACUCUGAAGCCAGCAGAAGUCGCAGGUCUUCCUGACUUUUUGACCAAGACUGAACAGUUGGCUAUUUUGGUCGACCUCAUCAAUGGCAGUGGUGCUGCGGAAAGCAGUUCUUGUUUUGGACAGAGGCGUCCUGCUCUCCCUGACACCGUCUGCGCCACUGCCAUGCCCAGGUCUCAUGGUGGAAUGACAUUCAUGCCCUUCUUGUUGCCCACAAUGAUCUCCAUUGCUCCGCACCUAAUUCCACCCAUCUUGAGAUUUUCAUCACCUGAUCAGAAGACAUUCACAAAUGUGGUCAAGAUUUCCGUCAAGGAAAGUGUGAAUCUAAGCCAAGUUUGCAUUCUCAGCGCCAUCACUGGUUUUGCAAAGGUCAAUAUAAUGGAACUAGACCUCAACAGACUGGGCGAGGUAGUUUAUCCCACAAGUGCAGACUACACAGCAAACCUCAAGGUGGAAGUGUCAUGGCCGGGCACCAAUAACUUUGUUCAAACUAUGGACAUUGAACAAUGUCACUUCCGACGCAACAUUGGAGCCAACGUUGACUUGAAAGAGCAGAUCGCUUUGAAAGCUGGAGACGAAUGCCAGCUAAAAGUUGUCAUGACCACGGACGAACCUCCGCUUGUCCUUCAAAACUUUCCAAAAAGCAGGUUUACAGUGGCAGUGGACAGAGUUGCGAACUGUCCCUUUGAGCAAAUUGAGUUUUCCUCCGAGGAAAAGGAUCCAAUCUUUUUCUGUGGGGUGUUUUACCAAAGGCCAAAGCCUUUGCUUAGAUAUUGAUUGCAAAUAAUUUAGAGAG